UUGCUAUUCGCCCGCCUGUGUUUGUAGAUGUUGCUGUGUAACUCGCUUGUGUUUCAGCUUCUCAUGAACUUAUGUAGAAUGUGUGAAAAAUUUUGUUGCUCAUAGCGCUAAAUAAACCCUGCCAUGAAAAUUAAAUUAGCUAUCCCAAAACUGUACUUCAGUGUACAAAAGUGGUUGGCUAACUCAAAUUACUCAAUGCAACCAACCCGAACUGCCCACGGCUACCAUUGGCAGCCACAUUUGCCCAUGAUUUUCGUGUGAGAAACGAUUCCAAUACAGUACACUAAACGCAUCGCGAUUUCUCGUUUUUUCGUUUUCAAUCUCCAUUCUGAUUCCUGAGCAUCCUUUGGACAAUUAUAAAAAAGACAACACUGCCCGGAUAAUCUGAUUGUUAAUCUGUUACUAUUUAACAGUGUUACUGUUAUCAAACUGUAAUUUACGAUUAGAAUUAACGCGCGAGCUGGACUCUUCUGCUGUUCUAAGUUUUCGAACCAUAGAAAUUUGCUUUUAUGCAGCAGCAUAAGCUGGGGGUCUGCGCAGUUUAGCCUUGAAUUUCAUUUCCGUUUCGACUUUUCACUUUUGAUGGUAAGUGUAGAUCCGGACUAACAAUUAGUAUAUUAUGUGGCUGGUUUCGCGAAUUUGAUCAUUCCUGGAAUCUUGAGAGUCGAAAAUGGCGCUGAUUCCAUUAAAAGACCAUGCUGUGGCAAAAACGGAUGACGUUUUAUUUAAAACGCCAACGAUUCCCAAGAAACGGAAGAAAGUCUUAGAGGAAGAGGUGUACACAAAGGAGUUGGAAAGGAUUAUUCAGAGAGAUUUCUUCCCGGAUGUGCCGAAGUUGAAAGCCCAGAACGAGUAUCUGGAAGCUGAAUCCCGCAAUGAUCUCGUGAAAUGUCGGGAACUGCAGAUGCAGUAUCGUCCCACACCGCGACGCCGUCCGGACACCUCCAGCACCGACAUUUCCGCUCAGUCGCCCCUGCCUGUGCAGUCUCCAGCCACGUUUGAAACGCCCGCCUCCCCGCUGACCAGACCGUCCAGUGAUGCCACGGAUACGCCGAGGCGCACAGCCACUACAGUGAAUUCACAGGAAGACGAACAGCUGACGGCGAAAAACGCUUUGGGCCUGGAUGACUUUCUGCAGCGUAUCACCAGCGAAGAUAAUGCCUCUUUUGAAGAGAUUAUGGACGAGAGUGAUAAGAAGCACCGCGUGAAGUAUCCAUGGCUGUAUGAGAAUGAUCCGGUGAAAAGGAAAGCAUUGGAAGAUAAAGUGAAAGCUCUGGCGAUUCAGGGCGGAACGUCAUCCAGUGUGCUGGCUAUUGCGUACGAUCGACCAAAUACUAUUGAUACGUGGGAUUACAAAGCUAAAAACGCUGUUAUGCAAGUCCCUGAAGGUGUUCCCUUUACAUCAGACGAAUUGGCAGAACGAGAGAAGCAGAGGAUUGUUGUGCAUCACCAGAACACUCGAUUUCAGCAUGAUCCGUGGAAGGAUGUUAUCGUGCCGCGUGAUGGUAUUGACAGCGGUAAUCAGGGCAAGAUCGGCCCAGAUGGGGUGGAAAUUACAGUUUCCGCUACGCCACAAGUGAAUGGAUAUCGAUAUCUUGCCACACCCUCUCCUGCACCAGGGGUGGGUGAGUCUCCCAUGAUGACGUGGGGAGAAAUUGAAGGCACUCCAUUUGCACUUGAUGCUAGCGACACACCGGUUGUCGGGUCUGCUGCCGGGCCUCAGUUUAAAAUUCCAGAAGUUCCUGAUCGUGAUAAGCUGCAUUUGGAACUGGUGGAUAACGUCACCAAGCGACACCGGGCAAAACGGGAAGAAGCACUGAAACAAGUGCGCUCAUUAGCACAAAGUCCUAGUUUUGGAUCUGCAUUGUCUUCAGAGCGAUUGGCCAACAUGUCGCCAGCAGCUCAACGUCUGGCGACGAAGCGUCUUGGAAUACGUUUAGGAACCGAUAAAGCGUUAGCCGCCAGCUAUUCGCCCAGUCCACGUCGAAGUGCCUCCAACACGCCCGCUCUCUUGUCAGACCGCUCGCAGCGAAGUCAGUUACAAUCAACUCCUGGUACUCCGUCGACACCCUCCAUUACCGAUAACUUGCUGGAUAUUCGCAGGAAUUUUACUUCAAAAUAACUGGGUGAUAUCUUUUACAGAUCAGUAAACCUUUUACGCCUGCUUAUCGUCGCACUUUCGAAUGUGUGAUAAUGCGUUCAUUAUAUCUCCGUGGCUUCCUGUGCAGAGCGAAAUGAUUUUUUUAAUAUUUGCUACAGAGCAGGGAAAUAAUGCAGUGAUAUGUGUGUCUGAAUGAUGGAAAAGAAAGUCAAUACUAUAUUGAACAAGAAAUGUGUAUGCACACAAUGAUA